GUGAAGCCGAACAGCAGCGGCAACAAAGAAACAGAAUGAAUGUGAAGGGCAUGGCUAUCCUCUUGGCUGUGAUAGUCUGUGCUACGAUUACUGAAGGCUUUCCUAUGUUCAAAGGGGGACGCUGUCUUUGUAUAGGCCCCGGAGUAAAAGCAGUGAAAUUUACAGAUAUUGAGAAAGCCUCUGUCAUCUACCCAAGUAACAGCUGUAACAAAAUUGAAGUGAUUAUUACCUUGAAAGCACAUAAAGGACAACGAUGUCUGAAUCCCAGAUCAAAGCAAGCAAGCUUUAUAAUCAAGCAAGUUGAAAGAAAGAAUUUUUUAAAAUAUCGAAACAAAUGAAGUUCUGGAAAAGAGGAUUUGAAAAUCUAGAACAAGUUUUAUUUUGGCUACUGACAUAUGAAUUCUGCAAUAGAAAACUGACUUCCUCUUGCCUAAUCACAUUGUUGCAAUACACAUUCAUGUAUCUCAGGUUAAAGAACAUUUGAGAAAUUUGAUUCUUGUGACUAUUUUGCUGUGAUUGUAAAAACAAUUCUAUUUCUAAAAGUCAGCUGUGUGUACUUGAGCUAUAUUUCAUAUUACUAACUCUGGUUAUAAUUGAGACAUUAAUUACUGGAGACAAACCCUUGAAUCAAAAGCAUCCAUGUGUGUAAUAAAACAUUCCUGAAAUAAUUUUUCAUACAACUUACACAUUCUUUCCCCAUGUAACACAUAAGUAUCUAGGGAAAAACUUCUUAUGUAUUAUGUAUUUCAAGAAAUGUACCAUAAAUAAAAUUUUGAGCUACAGGAAACUGGCUAGCACACAAAUAUAAUUAUUAGCAGCAUUGGUCUUUGAUUUUUUUUCAACUUUUUUUCAGAGAUGUUUUAAAGCAAAGAGAAUAUGUGGGUUUAGUGUACAUUUGGGUUUUAAAUUUGUUAUAAAGAACAGCAAAAUCU